ACUGCCAGUGCCAGCAGCAUCGGCUCGGCAGCUUCUCCUAUAGAUAGCUCUGCCUGCUUGGCGUUCAUCAGCAACGAAGUACUCGAGAUAGAUUCAGAGAGUGCAGGGCAGUUGAUUCCAGGCCAAGAAUCAUUCCACUUUGCUUGCUGACAGCCUACUACCUAGUAGGAUCCGUGGAUCCAUGGAGGUGGCCGGAGGAGCUGUCGGCGCGCCGUCCCCGCCGCGGCGCGUGGUGGUGGCGGUGGACGAGAGCGAGGAGAGCAUGCACGCGCUCUCCUGGUGCCUCUCCAACGUCGUCUCCGCCGCCAGGGCCGCCGCGGCGCCGCCCCCGGCCGUGGUGCUCGUCCACGCCCGUUCGCCGCGCCCCUUCUACUACCCCGCCGCCGUCGACGCCGCCGGGUACGUCCUGACGCAGCAGGUGAUGGACAGCAUGGACCAGUACAUGGCCUCCGCGGCCGACACCGUCGUCACCAAGGCCAAGAGCAUCUGCACCGCGUUUCCCGGCGUGAGGGUGGAGACGUGCGUGGAGAAGGGCGACCCGCGCGACGUGAUCUGCGGCGCGGCGGAGAAGGCCGGCGCCGACAUGGUGGUGAUGGGCAGCCACGGCUACGGCUUCCUGCAGAGGGCGCUGCGGGGGAGCGUCAGCAGCCACUGCGUGCAGAACUGCAAGUGCCCCGUCGUCGUCGUCAAGAGGGGCCCGCCGGCGAGCACCAGGCGGCGCCGCGGAUCGAUCUAGGCGGCUCUAGAGGCCGUAGCCGUAAGCGCACACGAGCACGACUCGCCUCGCCUCGGCGAAACGUGACGGUGGGCGCCCGUGUACAUACUUCGCUUUUGUUCGGUGCCUGUAUCUCCCUGAGUAUAAUGUUUUCAGUUCACACAAAAUAUUGUAACGUGUCAUGUAAUGGACGUGUGUACAUUCUAUAUAUAUAUAGUCGUUUCGAAUAUGCAGUCUAA